UCACGCGCUUGUGAGCCACCAGUCCAGCUCCCGCCAAACGCCUUUCGUUACAAUCUGCCUCAGUUACAGUUAUGUGUAUGAAAACAUGGAGCUGUCAAAGAGCGAAGAUCCUUCAGUUGAUCGGAAGAGGUCAAGUAAGGCACAUGGCCGGAGUAAAUGGCCUGAAGAGCACAAAUCUCAAACCACCACUAAGAAUGGAUUUGUGAAUACACACAGUACUGAUGAAAGCCCAUCCUCACUGCCUGUGCCAGACACUCUGGACAUACUGACUCCAGGGGUUAGUGACACGCUCUCAGAAGGUCAUAGGCAGUUCCAUGGCUCUUUUAGAAGAAGCAUAACCCAUGACUGUGUGAGAGGAACGGGACAGCAGCAAGCUGUGAGCCCUGUGUACAAAGAUGGGACCAACUGGCACCAUCACCAUAAGCUGGUGACGAGUGUCAGCUUUUCAGGAUUCGAGGCGCCUCUAAGGCUGCUUCGUGAGAAUCGAGAUACAUCUGGCAGCAGUCAUGAAAUCAUUGAUUACCGCAACCUAACACCUCAAGUGCCCUUUGUGCCCUGCAUAGCCAAAUCCAUUCCUAAAAAGAGGAUCUCCCUGAGGAAACCUAGAAAGGCCAUUAAGGACUUGUUUGUUCACAAUAGACACAAACAUGAGAAAGCUAUGUCACUAAGUACACCAUGUCAUGCUGCAGGUGAGAAUGUUCCAACAUUGAAACGGACGAGGAAGACGGUAAGGCACCGAGAAUGUACCACUGUUGGUAACAGAUAUAAUGAUGAACUCAGUGAGACUCCCUCCGAUUCUUCCAGUGAAUGUUAUGCUAAUGUCUGUGAGGAUGCUGCUUCAUUAAAAAGCUUUGGAUCUCAGUCUGGUUGUGGUGAGAUAUUUGCUGAUGAACUUGUAUCACCUGAGGGGGUCUUUAGCCCCGAGCAUCACAAAGUUGCCUGUGAACAUCUGAGGCAAAGUCCUACUACAACAGGUUUCCAGGGAGGUAAGGAGUGUCUGGCUUCUCCAGCGCACGCUGAGGUCCUAGACAUGUUUGGGUUGUGGGAAACUCUAAACAGAACUUUGCUUCUAGGGCAAAGUUCAAAAGCAACAGGACAUGCAACAAAAUCCACAACCCCUAUCACAAAAUCUCCUUCCACAACCAAGUCUGAAGAUGAAACAACAAAUACACCACAACCUGUAGAGUCCGAGAUCAGGGAAUUUAAUACUGAUGUGAUAACACCCAAAAGUGAUAAGCAAGGGAACACCAGUGAUGAGGGCUACUGUGAUUAUGUUUCUCCUGGUUUUGAGGACCACAUCAGAAGUUCCCACACUCCAGUGCAUUCCAUUAAGUUCCCUAGGGACACGUACAGUAGAGAUGCUCUUUAUGAGCUAUUCUGUGACCCCAGCGAGGCAGAGAUGACCUCGAUCUUUAAUGAUGAGAUCAAUCUAACAGACAGCAUUGUUGGCCAGUGCAGUGAUCUUCCAUUAUCCAUGUACAGCUUCCAUGUUGGAGCAGAGGAGAAUCUUGCCCCACCUUUGGCUCAGGACUUUGUUGGUCAAGAGCUUCUGCAAAGUAAAUGGAUGGGGAAGGAUUGCUUACUAAAGCUUUGUGACACUGAGAUAUCUAUGGCUAUGGGUAUAGUUAAUUGGCUAAAGCAUAGGACUGACAAUAGCAACCCAGCAGAGUUGAGAUCUUCACAAAUUAGCAGUGAAGAAACAAGAGAUGAAUAUGAAUGUCUGAGAUUCAAAACCCAGUCAGCAAAGAUUAGGAAAUCAACAAAAGGAUCAAGAACUGUUAAUGGUAGAGGAGACACAGCUGAUUUCAAAGAGUCAAGUCAGAAAAGCGUUGGUGUUCUGCCUUCAAAAUAUGAUGCAAACACAGUGAUGUCAACCUUGGCCUCUCCAGAGAGCCAACCCAAGACCCCAAUGAGUGGUGUGUGUUUCAGGAUAUUCAAUAUCGACUCUCCUAAAACUCCAGCUGGAGAUUUGCAGUCCCCAGUGGUAAGCUCUCCUGGCUCUGGGACAAGGUCUUUGUUUGUGUUGGCCAUAAACAAGGAUUCUCUUUGUGAAUCUUGCAAGAGUUCCCUGAAAAAUGGAGUGAAAGAUCUGCACCUGUGCCGCUCUUGUAUGUCCCUCAUUGAGCACAUCAAGACUUCAAACCUUUGGGGCCAUGCCAGUCUUCCUAGGUCCUCUCUAACUCCACAGCCAAUAACCAGAGACCUACUCUCUCCAGCCAGCACCUGCGGGAUAAUUAGUGACAUCAGUCUAGCUUCUCUUGUUCAGCAGUGCGCAAGUCAGUUGUCUUCUAUGAAAAUCAACUUUACUCAAGCUCACUCAAGCUGUGAGAUAAGAGAUAUCCUUGAGCCUGAGCAAGGGGUAAAAAGGAACAAAGAACACUCUCAAAAAUACAUAAAGAAAAAGAAAAGGCCAGUGGCAACUUCUGAGAGAAGCUUGCAUGAUCACUUGAGGAAGUCCAACUUUUCUGAAGAUGUGAAACCUUCCCUUUUGGAGACUAAGGGACUUGUCACUACCAAUGGUUCAGAUGAUUUGGUGUUGGAAACUUACGGUCCAUGCGAUAUUGAAUCUGGUGAUGCAGACGUAUAUCAAGCUACCAGGCCUACAUCUCUUCCUCUCAUGGCCUCUGCCUCUUCAGAUUUUCUUUGCAGAGAGGACCACCACAUACACCAUUUGAAUAAGAUGGAAGAGAGAAACCCAUCCAAAAAGAAGCACAGAUUACGGCAUCACAGGAAGUCUGCUGUGAAUAGUGAGGGAUCAUGCAGUGUCUUUCCAGGGGAUAGAAAAGUAGAACGCAGAUGCAGAAUGAAGAAGUGAAACAGGUGCUGGAUUUUUCUAAUCAAGAGUUAGCACAUAUUUGCACAAUUAUAUAGUUUCAUUUGAUGUCAGCGCAGUCCCAUCCAUCCAUCCAUCCAAUCAU